GUCAUUUGGGACACAGCUUAUUUUUUCUGCUUCCUUGUUGAUCAUUCACGUGAUUGGAGGCGCUGUAUGUUGCAGGAAGUGGAAUGAAGAUGGCGGCUUCUACAAGCCUGCUAACUGAAUCCGUGUUAGGAUGGUCUAUUUUCACGCUUGUACUGUUGGUUAUCCUGACCUUCUGUUGGGUCUACAUUCGAAAGUACCAGAGUCGGCAGGAGAGUGAAGUCAUUUCCACUAUUACAGCCAUAUGUGCUCUGGCCAUUGCACUUAUCACAUCAGCUCUCCUCCCAGUGGAUAUUUUUCUAGUAUCAUUCAUGAAGUAUCAGAAUGGUACAUACAAGGACUGGGCAACAAGUAAUGAAACAAGGCGACAAAUUGAAGACACAGUCCUGUAUGGCUACUACACUCUGUAUGCCAUCAUCCUCUUCUGCGUCUUCUUCUGGAUUCCAUUUGUGUACUUCUACUAUGAAGAGAAAGACGAUGAUAAUUUCAGCAAGUGCUCGCAAGCAAAAAAUGCAGUGAGGUACACAGUUGCAUUUGUCACCAUCUGUGCUGUACUUCUUUUGAUUGGGGCAUUUGCACCACUACUGCCUCAACCCAAGCAGAACUCUACCCAAUGGGACAGGCUGCAGUACCUUUUCAAGGAGCUGGGCAGCAGCAAUGGUGUGGUGGCACUGUCUUUCUCCAUCAGCUCCCUGACCUUGAUCGGCAUGCUGGCAGUGAUCACAUACACAGCGUACGGCAUGUCUGUGUUACCCCUGAACCUGAUCAAAGGCACGCACAGGGUCCUCUACGAACGCCUGGAGAACACAGAAGACAUGGGGGAGGUUGAGCAACAGAUAGAGAAGCUCAAAGCCAAGUGUGAGGAUGGAAGGCCACUCUCUUUGAGAGACCGGAGGAACCUGCAGGAGCUGGAGGCUAAGCAUUUGAUGCUGCGCCGCCGAGGCCAUCUCCUCGAGAAUGCUGAUAAGAACUGCUGCACUAAAGUGAGCAAGGUCCUCCAUCCCUUUAAGAUUUUGCUUGGCGUUUUAUUCAUCCUGGUGGCACUCCUCUUCUUCGUGUCCCUGUUCAUUUCCAAUCUGGACAAAGCCCUGUAUUCAUCUGGGAUGAGCACUGGCCUUAUUGUCUUUGGAACAAACCUAACAAACCCGUUAAAUGAGCUGCUGCUGGCAUUACAACCGGUUUUUCCUCUAGACUACGUGUUGAUCACCGUUAUCACCAUGUACUUUGUGUUCACCUCCAUGGCAGGCAUUCGUAAUAUGGGAAUAUGGUUUUUCUGGAUAAGGUUGUACAAGAUCAGGCCACAAAGAACCCGUCCACAGGCCCUGCUCUUCCUCUGCAUGAUCCUGCUCCUGAUUGUACUUCACACCAGCUACAUGAUCUACAGUCUUGCCCCGCAGUAUGUCAUGUAUGGCAGUCAAAAAUACCUAUGGCAGGAAAAUUACACCACUGCUGCCACCACAAAGACAUGUGAUACAGAUGCUCCGGAUGACCAGUGCACAGUGACAAGAUCUUAUCUUUUCCUCCACAAAUUUUGGUUCUUCAGCACUAUCUACUACUUUGGCAACUGGGCAUUUCUUGCAGUGUUCCUCAUUGGUAUGAUGGUGUCAUGCUGCAGAGGGAAGAAGUCAGUGAUUGAGGGUGAAGUGGAAGCAGAUGAUUCUGAUUGUAGUGAUGAUGAGUAUAUGCAUUAAUAACGCAAAAAUUAUUCAAAUGUGUUUUCAUUGCAUAUUGGUUCUUAAUUCUAAUAUGAUUUAUUUUGUAUUGUAUCAUGCUAUAUAUUUAUGGAAAAUUAAAAUAGUAUUUCCAGACAAAAGAUGUUUAGCACCUGAUUAAAAAACUGCUUGUGAAAAUCAAGAUCAUUUGACAUUUAAUACUGAUUAAGUGAUGAUUUUCAAUGCAUUGUUAAAGCUAUAUAAACUAAGGAGAGUAAGAUUAUGUAACUUACCAAUACUGUCUGUAAUUUUCUUACUUAUAAUAUAGAAUUUGCAUGGAAAUAAACAGAGGGCUGAAUGAAUGAAUAACCAUUCUUUGAUUUGGUAUUUACUUAAUGAGUGGAAAUGAUGUGCUACCAUGUCUAUCAUACUGAUGUUCUUGUUACUGCCUGGUGAUGUAAUGCUUACGUUAUUUUUGUUCUAAUAGAAGUUUUGUUACCUCACAUUUUUGAGUCCAGAUAUUAUGUAAAGCCCAAUUAGAAGUGUAUUUGAUGUUUUGGAAGUUAUCUUCCUUUAUUGGAUUAAAUAAAAGAUUUAAAACUGGGAA